GACAUAAGAUUAAUUAACAAACAAAAUCGUCCAGUAAUUCGAAAAUAUUAACAAAUGAAAUUAAUAAAAAUAAAUUUUAUAAUAUUUAUUCAAAUCAUUGAACUUUUAAAAGCGAUACAAAGCGAUCAUGUACAAGUGAUGUACUGUGAAGAAAAACAAGAAUGUCUAGAGAAUAUAGAUCAGCGUUUACUGGAGAUUAUCAGGGAAAAUAUGGUGAAUAGUACACAACCUUGUGAACAUUUUUGGGACUAUGCUUGUGGUUCUUGGACAGCAGCACCAUAUUACGAUCAUGUGGAUAAUUUUGGAGCCAUAUCGAAUUAUUAUGCAGACAAAUUAAUUGAAACUUUAAAUGAAUUGCAACAUGACUGUAUUGGAGAAAAUCAAAAUAUAACCGAUUUAGUGAAUCAAAUAACGAAAUAUUUCUUAUCUUGUAGAAAUAUAGAAUCUUAUUAUUUGCCUAUGUCUCCUUAUUUGAAAGAGUUGCCGGUACAUAAAAUAUUUGGUGAUAGUUUCAAAUGGAGUCAAGUAUUUGGGGCAGAGGGUAAUAUAUGGAAAAAUUUCAAUUGGUUAAAAGCUGUGGCCUAUUUAAGAAAAUAUGGUUUUAAGGAUAUAUUUCUGUUGGAAUCGAUAGGAUUUGCUUGGAAUGAUUCUCUGCAAUAUGUAGUGGAGUUAAAGAUACCACAUGCUAAUGGAAAUUUCGAAAAUAAAUAUAAAGUUUUGCAAAUAAUGGAAGAAUUUGAUUUGAUAUUUGCCCAUAAUAAUACAAAAAAUUAUUUAAAAUUGGCCCUUGAAUUAUAUGAAUUCGAUAAAGAUCUCUUCGGUCUCUAUACAAAAUAUGAGCAUAAGAAACGUGAUCAUUUUAUAUUGCUAGAAGAUCUUCCUUACUUGGUCCCUGCCAUAGAUUGGAAUUUAUAUUUUGAAUUGUUAUUAAAUCAAGAGCUACCACCUGAAACGCCUAUAGAAUUUUCAGGAGAUUUAAAUUAUUUUCACGAUCUACAAGAACUGAUUCAACAAACGCCUUCCAAAAUUGUAGGUUCUUAUGUUUUUAUAAGAUUUUGUCAAUAUUUAAUGGAUAUACGACCCCUUAUAACGGAUCGAGAAUGUCUGCUACAUACUAAUGUUAUGUUUCCAUUGGGUGUAAAUUUCAUUUACGAUAGAUUUGUAUAUAAAAAUCGCGUUAAGGACGAGAUAAUUUUAAAUAAUAUAUUCUCAGAAUUAAAACAAGAAUUCUCUAAAAAUAUACAAGCAAAUAAGUUCUCUUUAACUUCCCAAGAACAGCAAUAUCUGCAGGAUAAAUUGAAAUUAAUGCAGUUAAAAAUCGGCAACUUACCUUUACACAACGAAGACAUCAAUCACUACUACGCGGAUGUGCAUUUAAUCAAAAACAAUUUUCAUUACAAUCACUUGGAAAUGUUAAAAUUUCGCACUUUACAACAGCAUCGAGCUUUACUCAAUCCCUCCCUUGAAUUAGUUAAUACUGAUACCUACUAUGUCAACGAUGAUAUUUCUCAGUUGCGUAAUGCUCCCUAUUUUGUACAUCAACGCAAUAUGUUAAUUAUGCCCAUGCUAUUUUUGCAAUUACCCUUCUAUCAUUAUGCCCAACAUCCGGUAUUGCAAUACUCCCUAGUCGGUUGGAUUAUGGCCCAUGAAUUAUCUCAUGCAUUCGAUGCUCAUGGUCUAUUCUUUGAUGCCUGGGGUAAUGUUAAUCUUAUGGGUCUACAACUGGCCCAUAAAACCUCUUAUAUAUCAUCGGUGGAUUGUUUAAUCAAAUAUAUUCCCACGAUAUCACUAAACGAAAGAAUGGCUGAUGUAAAUGGUUUACAAUUGGUGUGGCAAACAUUUGCCCAUCGUAUUCCUCAAUAUGACCACGUCUAUGGAGAUUUAUCAUUAAAAAAAUUAUUCUUUAUAAAUUUUGCUCAAUUUUUUUGUGGUUCUCUACCUCAACCCAUUAGUCAUGAUCGUGAUGAUGUAAGAGUUAGACAAUCGGUGGCAAAUAUACAAGAAUUUGCUGAGGUCUUUCAGUGUUCCGGUGAAGCGAAAGAAAAUCCUGCAGAGAAAUGUAAUAUAUGGAUCAAAUAAUUGAAAAUGUAAUAACUAAUUUAAAAUGUUACUAUAAAGUUUUACGAUCUACAUAAGCCUAGUUUUAUUAGAAAAUUAAAAUUAUAUAUUAAGGUUUUUAAUAAAAGAUAAUGUCAUAUAUAUAUACAGACACUAAUACGA